AGUGCGUACGCGAACAGGGCUAAUGUAUGUUGUUAAAAUUUGUGUUAUUUGUGUAUGUUGGUAUGAUGGAGGUAAAGUUAAAAACUAAACUGCAAAGAUAUCGCACUAAAAAACAGAUGGAGGAGAAACUUCAACAGUUUAAGAAUAUUAUAAAGCGUUUUUUUGAUGUUGGGUACAGGGGAAUCCAAAACUGUCAUCAACAAUUUGACUGAUGUGCGUGAAGCUUUGACCGAAUGCAAAGUUCAAUGGUCCAAUACAGAAGAGUAUAGAGAGGAAUUGACAUCCAGCUCAGAUGAGGAAACUGAUAGAAGCAAUGGUCAUAAAGAAAAUGUAAAUAACUCCUUCAAAUAUAUUCAAAGGGCAGUUUUUACACUAUUUUGGAUAACGCUUUAUGUGAUUGCGAUACAAUUACAAUUUGGAAUAGUUUAUAUAAUGCUGUCAGCGUUGUUUGGAAUCUAUUACAACACAAGGACAGCACCAAAAAAACUAAAUGAAAUUAGUGCUUAUAGCGUUUUCAAUAAAAACUGCGAAAGUAUUGAUGGAACUCUAACGGCGGAACAAUUUGAACGGGAAAUUCGAUUUGGAGCCUCAAGUGUUCGAUAAUUUCACGACCGAUAGCGAAAUUAGUCAAAAAGGCAGAAUCUAAUUAAUCACUGUAUGCAUGCGCAGAAGUUUGUCGAGUACUGGAUCCGGCACCGAAUCCGCAGAAAUCAGCUAUUAUUGUAUAAACCCUUAUUUCCCACAAAUUACCUUUCAAACACCAUUGGAACAAGUAAAGAAUACCCACCGUUUCGCUAAAAAAAUUAAAAAUAAGAGUCGAUAGAG